AAACUCGAUUAUGGCAAUUUAUAUAUAAAUGUCUAAAGACAAUUUGUCUCAUGUGGUAUCAUGUACCGUAUAUAUAACGCUAAACAUGCAUUUAGUAGUUGAGGGAAACCUUCAUUCCUAAACGUUAACCUGUAUUAGUGGAUUUGCCCUGCUGCAAACUUUUUCAAUACCAUACUAUACGAACAGUAUAGAAACGUUACAUUAAUUACGCUACGCUAUGCUAUGAAAGAAUUUUGGAACAAAUGGUUAUUGUUGAUAUUAGUAUUGUACGGAAUGUUGUCCAUAGCGUAAGCCAGUUUUGGAAAAAAUUAAAAGGUAUGCGCUUAUUCAAGUAUCAUAACUUAUUCUAUUUGUAUAUCAGGAAAUAUUUUACUAUCUUGAAUAGUUAUAUUACUGUCGCCAUCACAUAGUCGCCAUCGCGUUAUCGCAUUGUCGUCGCCGUUCUAUCGUACGUUUGUCCUCAUCGCACUAUCGAUUUGUUGCCCUCUAUGACGUAAAACCACGAUGGCCCAGACGAUAUUCCGUAUAAAACAGAUAGUUUGUAGAAAGGUGUUUAAAAUAACUAAUAAUGUACUUGUACUUAAUGACUUGUAAAAGUCAGCUUUGACAAACUGGGUUUCCCAAGCGAAAUUUCUGUAUAAAUCCUCAUGUAGUUUAUAGACCUUCCCUUUUUAGGUGUUAUGUCACCCAGUUUCGUUAAGUAAAGUGUAAAAAUGCACGUCAUUCAUUUAAAAUCUAUCUAGGAUACUCACAACAGCCUUCACGUAUAUCAAAGAUUAAGUAUGGGAAAUGUGUGUUUGUUUCUUAUAUGUGUACUUACUAUGUGCAAUUCAGGAAGAGAUCAACAAGGAAAGGCGGCGUUCAAUGAACGCAACCCCCAUAUGACCCAGCAACAAGAACCAACGGCAAGGAGCCCAGGCGGACCCCGAACAAAAACAGGACAGGGCAAAGACAGAGCACGGACAGGUGUGCAUCUUGACGAAAUUUCCAAGAAAACACCAAAUGUUAACAUUGACCAAUUUUCGAAUGCUGUAAAUGAUCUUCUCCGAGAACUGGACGAGAAAUAUUCUAUGACAGAGAGUAUACAAAAUGCAAGGCAAAAGAUGCAAGAACCGAGAUUUAAAACAUGGGAUAAUGAUCGUAAAUCAGCGGGAAUGCUUAUUAAUUUGUACACAAACUCUGACGAGAAUAAGCACUUGCCAGAUGCGGUUUUCUACAGAAGCUUGAAUGAAGCAAUAAGGAGUGAAAACCCUGAUUUUAUUUGGCAAAAAAGUAAAAAAUUGCUGAAUGAAGCUCUACAUAAAAUCGGACAUGAAACAUUUGAGUAUACAUUCAGAGGGGAAAAAUGUUGUAAUUCUUCUAUUCCCGAAAACCAAACAGAAGGGUCAACGGUCCUUGUACGAGGCUUCUGGAGCACUACCCUUCAUCCUUCUCAUACUGAUCAUUUUGGCGGUGCGGAAUAUGCUUUCAUCAUUAUUGAAAACGUUCAAGGUGUUAAUGUGCAACAUGUUUCUGUUACUGCUAAGGAAAAGGAAGUUUUACUUCAAAGCCCAAGGAAAUAUAUUCUAAAAAGGAAAAUAAGCAACAAGGAAGAACAAAGAAAGGAGCUUAAAAGCUUGCAGUAUCCAGACUUUGACCCUUCAAAAUUUGACCCUAAGAACAUAUUCAUACUUGUCCCACUUAAUGAGAAUCCUAAACAUGAUGAAGUCCCACUUAAUGAGAAUCGUAAACAUGAUGAAGUCCCACUUAAUGAGAAUCGUGAACAUGAUGAAGUCCCACUUAAUGAGAAUCGUAGACAUGAUGAAGUCCCACUUAAUGAGAAUCGUAAACAUGAUGAAGUCCCACUUGAUGAGAAUCGUGAACAUGAUGAAGUCCCACUUAAUGAGAAUCGUAAACAUGAUGAAGUCCCACUUAAUGAGAAUCGUAAACAUGAUGAAGUCCCACUUAAUGAGAAUCGUGAACAUGAUGAAGUCCCACUUAAUGAGAAUCGUAAACAUGAUGAAGUCCCACUUAAUGAGAAUCGUAAACAUGAUGAAGACGAAGUUUCCAAGAAAACACCAAAUGUUAACAUUGACCAAUUUUCGAAUGCUGUAAAUGAUCUAUUCCAAGAACUCGAUAAGAAAUAUUCUAUGACAGAGAGUACAGGAAAUGCAAGGAAAAAGAUGCAAGAACCGAGAUUUAAAACAUGGGAAGAUGAUCUUAAAUCGGCGGGAAUGCUUAUUAAUUUGUACACAAACUCUGACGAGUAUAAGCACUUGCCGAAUGCGACUUUCUACAGAAGCUUGAAUGAAGCAAUAAGGAGCGAAAACCCUGAUUUUAUUUGGCAAAAAAGUGAAAAGUUGCUGAAUGAAGCUCUACAUAAAAUCGGACAUGAAACAUUUGAGUAUACAUUCAGAGGGGAAAAAUGUUGUAAUUCUUCUAUUCCCGAAAACCAAACAGAAGGGUCAACGGUCCUUGUACGAGGCUUCUGGAGCACUACCCUUCAUCCUUCUCAUACUGAUCAUUUUGGCGGUGCGGAAUAUGCUUUCAUCAUUAUUGAAAACGUUCAAGGUGUUAAUGUGCAACAUGUUUCUGUUACUGCUAAGGAAAAGGAAGUUUUACUUCAAAGCCCAAGGAAAUAUAUUCUAAAAAGGAAAAUAAGCAACAAGGAAGAACAAAGAAAGGAGCUUAAAAGCUUGCAGUAUCCAGACUUUGACCCUUCAAAAUUUGACCCUAAGAACAUAUUCAUACUUGUCCCACUUAAUGAGAAUCCUAAACAUGAUGAAGUCCCACUUAAUGAGAAUCGUAAACAUGAUGAAGUCCCACUUAAUGAGAAUCGUGAACAUGAUGAAGUCCCACUUAAUGAGAAUCGUAGACAUGAUGAAGUCCCACUUAAUGAGAAUCGUAAACAUGAUGAAGUCCCACUUAAUGAGAAUCGUGAACAUGAUGAAGUCCCACUUAAUGAGAAUCGUAAACAUGAUGAAGUCCCACUUAAUGAGAAUCGUAAACAUGAUGAAGUCCCACUUAAUGAGAAUCGUGAACAUGAUGAAGUCCCACUUAAUGAGAAUCGUAAACAUGAUGAAGUCCCACUUAAUGAGAAUCGUAAACAUGAUGAAGACGAAGUUUCCAAGAAAACACCAAAUGUUAACAUUGACCAAUUUUCGAAUGCUGUAAAUGAUCUAUUCCAAGAACUCGAUAAGAAAUAUUCUAUGACAGAGAGUACAGGAAAUGCAAGGAAAAAGAUGCAAGAACCGAGAUUUAAAACAUGGGAAGAUGAUCUUAAAUCGGCGGGAAUGCUUAUUAAUUUGUACACAAACUCUGACGAGUAUAAGCACUUGCCGAAUGCGACUUUCUACAGAAGCUUGAAUGAAGCAAUAAGGAGCGAAAACCCUGAUUUUAUUUGGCAAAAAAGUGAAAAGUUGCUGAAUGAAGCUCUACAUAAAAUCGGACAUGAAACAUUUGAGUAUACAUUCAGGGGGGAAAAAGAUGGUGGGUCUUCUAUUCCCGAAAACCUAACAGAAGGGUCAACGUUGACUGUACGAGGCUUCUGGAGCACUACCCUUCAUCCUUCUCACACUGAUCAUUUUGGCGGUGCGGAAUAUGCUUUCAUCAUUAUUGAAAACGUUCAAGGUGUUAAUGUGCAACAUGUUUCUGUUACUGAUAUGGAAAAGGAAGUUUUACUUCAAAGCUCAAGGAAAUAUAUUCUAAAAAGGAAAAUAAGCAACAAGGAAGAACAACGAAAAGAGCUUGAAAGCUUGCAGUAUCCAGACUUUGACCCUUCAAAAUUUGACCCUAAGAACAUAUUCAUACUUGUCCCACUUAAUGAGAAUCGUAAACAUGAUGGAGUCCCACUUAAUGAGAAUCGUAAACAUGAUGAAGUCCCACUAAAUGAGAAUCGUGAACAUGAUGAAGUCCCACUUAAUGAGAAUCGUAAACAUGAUGAAGUCCCACUUAAUGAGAAUCGUAAACAUGAUGAAGUCCCACUUAAUGAGAAUCGUGAACAUGAUGAAGUCCCACUUAAUGAGAAUCGUAAACAUGAUGAAGUCCCACUUAAUGAGAAUCGUAAACAUGAUGAAGUCCCACUUAAUGAGAAUCGUAAACAUGAUGAAGUCCCACUGAAUGAGAAUUGUGAACAUGAUGAAUUCCCACUUAAUGAGAAUCGUAAACAUGAUGAAGUCCCACUUAAUGAGAAUCGUAAACAUGAUGAAGUCCCACUUAAUGAGAAUCGUAAACAUGAUGAAGUCCCACUGAAUGAGAAUCGUGAACAUGAUGAACUAUGAGUGUCUUUUAUCAGCCUUGAAUAUCCUUUCAGCUAAGACUAUGUUGAUUUUUUUUUCUUGUUUUGUAUUUUUCUUACAACGGCUAUAUUGACAUAACCAACGAAUAUCUUUGGUUAAUGAUACAUUACAAUGAAACUGUUUUUCUGUACGAAAUCUGCUGUGGUCAUAAUAUUAUUUUUAAAAUAGGUUUAUCUCUUCAAUUUGGUUUGCAAAUCAUGGUCAUGCAACUACAUGAUUAGGUAAAGAAGCAGACGCUUGUUUUGGUUGAGUCUUUUAUGUUUUUAUAGGGAUGAUUUGUUAUUCACAAACUUACACUUUAUAUGCAUGUAUAAUUUGCAAUGCUAUUUUAUUAUAUUGAAUAAUUCUUGGAUUGUUUUAUCAAAUUAUUUGUACUGUAAUUAAAAGUGUUAGACUCGUAUGUCCGAUUUAAGGCAUAAUCUUAAUGAAAAUGAAAUUAGUUCACUUUUUCAUUUGUAUUGAUUACAUGAUGCUUUAAGCCAAUAAAAAAAACAUCAACAUAAUCGGGUAGAGACAAAAGUUGCUUAUAGUAAAUCGAUAAUCUUUACAAACUUUAAAUAUCAAGUGUUAAUUUCAUAUUAUAUUAUCGGUAGAAGAUACUGUCCGAGGGGGGGGGGGGGCAGGCAUUUUUGUAUCGUUACAUGACUUCCGUGUCAAUAUCACGUGAUUAUCCCAAGCACCACCAUGACUUAGCGCGGUAAUUAUAGUAUAGCUAACCUGGACGUGUCGCAUAGGAUAUCAUAGUAAAUAUUUUUUUAUUUGUUUGUAAUAAAUAUUUACAAACCGUAUCUUUUUGGGUUUUAUUUGAUCAGUCGAUAACAAACAAGAGCACCGCUAGGCGGAGCAUUAUAUGCCCGAAAGUGUUUUUUUAGUAAGGAUGAAGCAUUUGUAACACAUGGGAAUUAGCUGUUCAUCCUAUGAAAUUUUACAGAUGUAGGUUGA